AUGCUAAAACAUCACUCACACUCACACUCACCCCGCGUCCCCGGCACAGGCUCAGACUCAAUCUCAGACAGUGGGACGGACUCACUCACCUGGAUCUCCUGGUUCUGUUCCCUACCAGGACAUGAGUAUUUUGCAGAAGUGUCCGAAGAUUUCAUCGAAGACGACUUCAACCUGACGGGCCUCAAUGCGUUGGUUCCGUUCUAUAAAGAGGCGCUGGAAAUGAUCUUGGACGUUGAGCCGCAGGAGGACAGCCUCAAGAUUCCCGACGUCAGCAUCGUGGAAUCGAGUGCGGAGCUGUUGUAUGGAUUGAUUCAUCAGAGGUAUAUUCUUACGAAGCAAGGGCUGCAGCAGAUGGUCGAGAAGUACGAUGCUGGCCAUUUUGGGUACUGCCCGCGUGUCUUCUGUCACUCCCAUCCAGUCCUUCCCUGCGGACGCUCCGAUCUGCCAGGCUUAGACACGGUCAAGCUCUACUGCGCCAACUGCAUCGACUGCUACGCACCGCCCUCAUCCCGCUUCCACGGCGUCGACGGGGCAUUCUUUGGCACAACGUUCCCUCACCUCCUCUUCCAGUGCUAUAGGGAGCUGGCGCCGAGCAUCAUUGCGCCGCAGGGGAGCAACGCAAACUCGCUCAAUCUGUGGAGCACGACGGCCAAGGGUGGGGAGCAUGAGCAACACGCUGCAGCGGCAGCGGGGUCAUCAGGGUCGUCGAGCAGCAGCAGCAGCAGCAGUGACAGCGAAGACGACAAUGCAUCGCAGCCUAGCAACGCAGCUCCUCGUCGAAGCGGCCCCUCUUCCGCAACCGCGCUCAAGCCUCAUCUUGUCGGAUCUAAGGAACCGCAAGCUCGACUGUACACACCGCGCAUCUAUGGGUUCCGCGUAUCAGAGCAGGCCAAGAGUGGACCCAGGAUGAGAUGGUUGAGGAUGAGGCCUGAGAGCUGGAGACAACUCGAGGCGGGAGUGCCGCCGAGAGGUGGUGGAGCUCCAGAGAGGCAAGGGACCGGGGCUGUCAAUGUGGGAGUCAAGGGGCAGGCUGCAGCUGCGAUGGCCGAGGGUAGCGCGACACAGGAGGCAGGCGGGGAGGAGGGACAACGAAACGGUGCAGUGGGGGCGACUACGAAUCUGGGUCGGCCGAUUGCAGGGAGAGGGGGAUAG